UAAACGUUCGCCACAUAGGUAAUAUCAGUAUAGCAUACCUAAGUAUAGCUUGCUUAUAAUCAUUCAGACUAACCUUUUUAAUUAGCAUUCUGAUUUGGUCACUUCUCUCGUUCAGUAGCUAAACACGUCGUUCAAUAAUUAAAAAUGAAACUCAUCAUCCUGUUAGCCUUUGUCUCCCUCGCGGCGGUGGUGGCCGGGGACCUGGUCUGCGGGAGCGACUUCUGCAAGAAGAACCCCUGUGUGUCCUCGACCCAGGCAUCCAGCUGCGCCGUGCCGUCGGUGUACCGCGCCAACCACGCCGGCAAGUGCGCCUGCUGCCCCGCUUGCGUCACCUACUUGAAUGAGGGGUCCGGCUGCAAGACGUACAGCAAGGAGCUCGGGGAGACCCCCUCCGCCGUCUGCAAGGAGCCGCUCAAGUGCCUCAAGGGAGUCUGCACCAAGGUCGCCCCCAGGAACUAAACCCACUGCCACUAUGCAAUAAGGAAUAAACUUACACAACUCAUCACAUGGAGCCAAUAUCUUCAGUUAAAGUUUGCUCAAACUCAUCUAGACCCCGAGCGGAGUUGAGACCUUGCGCGGAAUCUGCAUACACUUCCGACCAACUACUUCAAACUCUUGCGAGUACUUAAAUUACUGUUAAUAUUAAUAAAAAAUUAAACCUGUACAGGUAAUGAAUUAUUACCUACGCUUUGUUCUCGUUA